AUGCUGAGGGAAUCAGAACUUGAAGGCAUUUCUGUAGAAGGAACUACAGAAAGAAUAAUAGCAUCGCUUUUUGCAGAUGAUACAAUGGUGUACCUAAGAGACACUGACAAUAUACAUGUGCUAACACAUAUACUUAAUACAUUCUGCGUAGCCUCCACGGCACAGUUUAACGUAGCUAAAACAGAGUACCUACCGGUAGGGCCCAAGGACUACCGCACGGACUUUGUAGAAUCCAAAACCUUGGGGGGACAGGAGUUCCCCCCAGGUGGAAGGUUUGUGAAAGACGGUGAAUCCAUGCGGACGUUGGGUGCAUGGUGGAACACAAUACUUGAGAAACAACAGCAAAUAAUGGAUGUGUGGCAGAAGACACAUCCUUCAUACAAAGGAAAGGAACUACUUACAAAGGCUCUGGUCGUCUCCAGAUCCUUCUACCUAGCUUCCGUAAAUGGAAUGCCUAUGGAUGUAGAAGCCACCAUGAAAAAACAAAUCCGCGACUUCCUAUGGGAGGGAAGAAAGCAAGGAUAUCUACCAUGGAACAGUGUAAUAUCGCCGAGAGCGCACGGUGGACUAAAUAUGCCAGAUAUAAGUGCAAGAUUAGAUGCCAUCAAUAUACACGCCAACAUAGGCAACCCGCAUACAGGGAACCAGGAACUCUAA